AUGGCAAACCCAAGAAAAUUUAGCGAGAAGAUUGCGCUGCACAAUCAAAAACAGGCGGAAGAGACGGCCGAGUUCGAAAGAAUCAUGCGGGAGGUGUUGGACGUCACGUCAAAGGCGUCCAAGAGUGUUAACCUGUCACCGACGACGGGCACCCUGGGCACGUUUCGAGGCGGUUCCCUGCCCAACGUCAAUAAUGAAAACAAACAGUACCAGGAAAAGACGGACGAUGGUUCUAACUUAACCGAACUGAAACCGUACUCGCAGCCGGAAACGAUCAAGGUGAAAAAGGAAAUAACGCCUAAAACCAGCACACCAAGCCACACGAGAGAGUCUAGAGGUAAAGAAGGUCGAACGCCCGGCGGUCCGAUGCGCAAUCGGCAGGCGAGUCGCAACCAUGACACGUCACCGUACGGUAACAGUACGGUUCACUUAAUUCCUCCGAUGGAAAACAACUGGCACCGUUCGAUCUCGGAUUCGGCAAUUCAUCAGAGUCUCUGUCAAAAUCAGCAACAGGACGGCACCCUUCUUACCACUCACACACCCCUAACGCUAAGUCCAACAGUGCAAAGAAAGAUUUCAAAUGCUCAACACAUUUCGAAAGUACACAACAACCACAUGACCAACAAUCAUCAUAAUCAUCAUCAUCACCACCACCAUCCUAGUAAUCAUCACGACAAUGGAUCAACGCAAGAUAUACGGUCACGCUCCUCUACGGCCCUGCCGAGGUUACCCGGAAUCAAUAUCUAUCCAUCGCAAAACCAUCCCGACAGUAUACAGAUUCCGAUACCGAGCAACACUGGUUCGUUACCGGAUUUAACUUCCGUCGGUUAUCCCUCCAUGUAUCCGGCAACGUUGGAUCAAGAGUACGAUCCCAACGGACAGAAUCACAGCUACUGUCCGAGUCCUCUUGGUACCUCACCUUCGUCGCUUUCACCAACCUCUGCUAUUCAGAACCACCACCACCAUCCACAUCCGAGGGCCAACAGCUUCAGUGGCGGUGUCAGCGGAAGCAGUGCAGGUGGAGGGAACGGCUCCGGCGGUGGUGGUGGUAGCGGUGGAGGAGGAGGAAGUGGUGGCAACGGUGUUGGCGGGUACCCCAUUCCUACUAGCCAUUCGAACAGUGGUUCCGUCAGCCCAACGGGUAGCGGUAUCAGCUGUAGUCCUAGUGCGUCUGUAGCCCCAAUCGCAAUCAAUAAUGUGAAUUUGGUGAACGCUGUUAAUCACAACAAUGGCGCAAAUCUUAAUAAUGGUAUCAAGGGGAAGAAAACCAAACCGCAAACCAUCUCUAGUCAGCCUUUUUUAUCUGUACCAGAUAGUAAUAGAUAUUCGUUUAUGUCGAAGGUCAACAAUACUUAUGACACUAACCAACAGCAACAGUCAGUGCAACAGCAGCAUCAACACCAGCAAUCGCAGGCACAGUCUCCACAGCAGCAGCAACAACAAGCGCAACAGCAGCAACGAAUACCAACCCUAGAUCAAAUCAACUACGAUAGCUUCACGCAGAUCACAGACGGUCUGGCAUCACCUAACCAGAACUCUCCCGAAAGCAUACUGUACGGAUCUCAUGGAAAUAUGUCCCCGCAAAUUAUGUCUGACUACCGAACCCGACCUAGUCCCGGUUCAAGUCCUGGGCUUGCGUUAGUGAAUAAUCCCGACUCCAAUUCCAGUGCACCUUGUAGUCCAGUGUCCCAUACCGUGGGAUGCAACAAUGGACCAAACUACGACAAAUAUCCGCCUAAUGAUGUUUACGUGCAAAACACCCUACCACAGUAUUUGGAACACAUAACAUUGGACUGGACUACGCUGGUUCAGAGUUUAGUAGAGUCCGGAUGUACAUUAACCGCGCAAGUGCAGGGUGACACCGAUUUUACUACAAAUCAAAUGGUCUUUAGUGGGUUUGAUGAACCCUACUUGAUGAACAAUGGCCUUGGUAUACGAACUCAUACCGGCCAUGGUAAUGGGCAUUCUCAAAUACAGCAGACUACGACCCAGCAGACAAACCAGCUUAAUUCGAUCAACUGUCAGAAUUUGCAGAAUAUGCAGAAUACCAACAUGAACAACAUGUUCAAUGGAACGACAGAACCUCUACUAAGCCUGCCCAACACACAAUCGCUUAUCGAGCCGCAAACACCAACGAUACCGGAGAUCGUGUUUACAGAUUAUUCGACCAGAGACGAUUUUGAAGCUGAUCUUGGGCUUGGUCAUAUGGAUUUUCAAAGCAUUCAAAUGCUUUCAGACACCAGCACGAUGAUAGACCCAAUGGAUGAGGACAGUUUUCGACGAGACUUACAGUAG